AGUAUCUGAUAAUCAACACUUUGGGUUGCGAAAGGUUCUAGUCGGGAGAAAAGAUGGCGGCGGUCUUAUCCUUCGCCACACCCGCUUCCAAUUUCAGAGUGAUUUCGAACUCAAGUAGAACAGCAGCUCCAUUACAGUCAAGGUCUCGAAUCUCCAUGGUUAAUCACCAUCAACAUUCUGCUCCUUUAUUUGUUCCGGAGGUUGAAAGUGCAGUUGAUACCUUGUAUCCGGAGUUUAGGGCGGUGGAUAAUCUUGUGGCACAGAAUAGCUCUAGAGUUCUUAAAGCUUUUCAGAACGCAAGGGUCGGAUCUCAUCACUUCAGCGGUUGCACUGGAUAUGGCCAUGAAGAAGCAGGUGGCAGAGAAGCCCUAGACCAAGCUUUUGCAGAAAUUUUUGGUGCUGAAUCAGCAAUUGUUCGUUCACAGUUCUUCUCAGGCACUCAUGCCAUUACAUGUGCCCUGUUUGCUUUCUUGAGGCCUGUUGCUGGUGCUCCUUAUGAUACACUAGAAGAAGUCAUUGGAAUCAGAGAUGGAAAUGGAUUAGGCUCAUUGAAAGAUUUUGGCAUCAGUUAUCGAGAAGUUGCACUUGCAGAUGAUGGAGGCCUUGAUUGGGAUGCUCUUGAAGUGGCUUUAAAACCUCAAACAAAAUGUGCCUUAAUACAAAGAUCAUGUGGGUAUUCUUGGCGUAAAAGUUUAAGUGUAGAUGAAAUAUCAAGGGCAAUACACAUGAUUAAGGCACAAAAUCCGGAUUGUUUGGUUAUGGUGGAUAACUGCUAUGGUGAAUUCACAGAAACCAUUGAACCUCCUAUGGUGGGUGCAGAUCUUAUUGCAGGAAGUUUAAUAAAAAAUCCAGGUGGCACACUUGCGCCAUGUGGCGGAUACGUUGCAGGAAAAGAAAAAUGGGUAAAAGCAGCUGCAGCUCGUCUCUCUGCACCUGGUCUUGGGGUUGACUGUGGGUCAACUCCUGGUGACAUCAUGCGAACUUUUUUUCAAGGAUUAUAUCUCUCACCUCAAAUGGUUGGUGAAUCCAUAAAGGGAGGGUUACUUAUAGCGGAAGUUAUGUCCAACAAAGGUUACAAGGUCCAGCCAUUACCACGAGUGCCACGUCACGACAUAGUACAGGCUGUACAACUUGGAAGCCGUGAGAGGCUUCUUGCUUUUUGUGAAGCAGUGCAAAGAAGCUCGCCUGUGAGCUCUUAUACGAAGCCGAUUGCGGGUGUGACAGCUGGCUAUGCGUCAGAGGUGAUUUUUGCUGACGGGACUUUUAUUGAUGGGAGUACGAGUGAGCUUUCGUGUGAUGGACCGUUAAGAGAGCCGUUUUGUGUGUUUUGUCAGGGUGGUACUCAUUGGACUCAAUGGGGACUUGUUCUUGGUGAAGUUUUGAAAUCAUUGUAGCUAGAAGAGAUAUGAAGAUAUGUUUUUGAUUAGUAAGGUUUGUAUAAGUUUAGUGUAAAUGAUGUUUACAAGUACUUGGAUUUAUUUUUGUAUACUUUUGGUUCGGUUUGGUUUAGAUUUAGGCCCCGUUUGAUAGUUGCUGACUGGAAAAGAUCUGUCUGGGUAAGAAAUCAUGAUUGAGU